CCUCUGCGCGUCUCAGUCCUCGUCACAUCGCACCAAAUCCCGCAGACCGUCCACACCGAGCCUCAGGACCGAGCCUCAGAACCGACAGAACCGAGCCUCAGGACCGAGCUCUGAGGCGUUUUUAGGGACGAAUUGCGGCUCACGCACCAACGGACUGUUGCUUGACCUCCCCCAGGCCCCUCUGCGCCCGCAGGAGGAGACUCACAGCCCCGCUACGACGCACCGAGCUGCGGCUGAGACGAUGGCGGAGUACAGCUCUCUGCUCAGUGACCUGUCUGAGAACAUCACCAACGAGGACCUGGAGCAGCUGAAGUGUGCGUGUAAAGAGGACAUCCCCGAAGAACACAGCAACAACAUCACCUCCUCCAAAGAGUGGUUCAGCUACCUGGAGAAGAACGACAAGCUCGCACAAGACAAUCUUUCCUACAUCGAGCACAUCUUUGAGAUCUCCCGACGGCCCGACCUCCUCACGAGGGUCAUCGAGUAUCGCACCACCGUCCUGAAGAUCUCUGAGGACGAAGAAAUCGACACCAAACUCACACGUAUCCCCUCGGCCAAGAAAUACAAAGACAUCAUCCGCCAACCGUCUGAAGAUGAGAUCAUCAAACUGGCUCCGCCUCCUAAAAAAGUCUGAGCCCUCGGCCCCGCCUCUUUUUCCCCCAAAUCUUUGCACCUUGAUAUUUCUACUUCGUACACUCCUCCAACCAAUCAACCAAUCAGCACUCGCCAUCCAUCGCCCGCUCGUCCUCUCAACUUUGACCCUGCACUAACCCUCGCAGCCAAUCGGAUCGUAGCAAUGUGAUGUCAUCUUUACUUCUGUCAGACUGUGGCGGGACAGGACUUAUGAAUGGACCAAUGAUGUUUGACGAGAGGGAAGGAGUUUGAGUAGAAAAAUGUAUUUUUUAAGUCUUUAGGCCACGAAAACUCAAAUUUCAUAUGUUCAAAAUUUGAACAUUUGGUUUGGAAACGGACACGAUUUCACCUGAUUUUAGUCAGAUUUACUUUUGUGUUAUGUUAAAAUUACCUUGGCCCUUAAUGUUAAAAAA